CCUCAUGCGGGGAAAAACGGGAUAGUAACUGAGGAAGCAAAUCCCCCCAACAUCAGCACCAGGCUCAACUUUUACCACCGAUAGCUGCUGGAGCAGGAUAACUGUUCUUCAGAUUUUUAACUAAGUCUCCAACUGACGCAUUUCUUCACCACUUAGCUCGACUCCAAUAAAUAUUAAAAAAAAUGGCACAGCACUUCAGAAGCGGGCCAGCUUUCGGACUUUCAGCGGAGGUGAAAAGCAAGCUUGCACAGAAGUACGACCUUCAGAAGGAGGAGGAGCUCAAGAUUUGGAUCCAUGAGCUCACAGGGCGCAAAGUCCCAGACAACUUCAUGGAGGGCCUGAAAGAUGGAGUCAUCCUGUGCGAACUCAUCAACGCUCUCCAGCCUGGCUCUGUGAGAAAGAUCAACAACUCCACUCAGAAUUGGCAUCAGCUGGAAAACAUAGGCAAUUUUGUCCGAGCCAUUCAGGAUUACGGUCUGAAGCCGCAUGACAUCUUUGAGGCUAACGACCUGUUUGAGAACGUCAACCACACGCAGGUUCAGAGCACUCUGAUCGCACUGGCUGGGAUGGCUAAAUCUAAAGGUGUCCAUACUAAAUCUGACAUCGGGGUGAAGUAUGCAGAGAAACAGCAGCGUAGGUUUGCCCCUGAGAAACUGAAGGAGGGGCGCAAUGUUAUCGGCCUACAGAUGGGGACCAACAAGUUUGCCAGCCAGAAGGGGAUGACAUCAUAUGGCACAAGGCGUCACCUCUAUGACCCCAAAGUUGGCAUGGAGAAUCCUCUGGACCAGUCAACAAUCAGUCUGCAGAUGGGAACUAACAAAGGAGCCAAUCAGUCUGGUAUGACGGCACCGGGCACCAAGCGACAGAUCUUUGAUAAGAAGCUGGACAUGGAAAACUGUGACACUUCCAUCGUCUCACUGCAGAUGGGUACUAACAAGGUGGCAUCGCAGUCAGGCAUGACUGUCUACGGGCUCCCGCGUCAGGUCUACGACAAAAAGUACUGCACUUACUCCGAAGACUACAUGGAUAACGGCCAGGACAUGCAGAUUGAUGGAUACCAGUACUCUGACUAAGACCCCCGCGCACCGCUGCUUUUUUUUAAUUCACUCAUUUCUUGCCCACUUUUUUAAGAAUGUAAACCUCAUCCCGCAAGACCACGCGAACUGUUAACAGCCGUCCACCAAACCAGAACAUUAGGUCUAAUUUAAGAUGGAAUUUUAAAAAAAAAAUUGAAGUUUGUUAUCUUCUUCUGCCACGGGCUGUCCCUGCUUCUCACUCAGAAUCAUUUAUAUUUUUAUUUUUGAGUGCAGCAGCUUCUUGUCACCACUUUGCAUGACAUUCUGUUUUAGCAAAUGGACAAAACUAUGCUUCAAAUAUGACAGUGAAAAAAAAUCGAGAAUAUUUAUGAUGCCUUAUAAUUUGGUUUGGUUUGAAAUAGUCCCAAAUAUCCACUAUUGCUGCUGAUCAUCGCAAGUCUUCAGACAUGGCAUUUGGCUCAGAGGAAGUAAUAGCGAGAAAAAAAAAAAAAAAAAAAAAAAAAAGGUUCCACGAGGAUGCUAUGGUACUAACCAAGCACAGCGAAGCUGAGGACACUGACUAACAUCUAAGAAUUCUAUCCACCUUUAUGAGAGAAGCUUUGUUGCCUAAGAGGACACCUGAGAAAACACAACGUUAUUCCAGUCGGACAUCCAAAAUCAACUCUGUCCUUUUUUGGUUCUUGCAAUUUGCAGUCAGUGUUGUGUUCUCUCUUGUCUUCUGUCUUUUACACCAUAGAUACAUAAGAAGAUGGCUCACAGAUGGACAUAUCAUUUAGCCGCGAGGCUUUAAAUCAAGCUAAAAUCUACAGGUGCAGUACAACAUGACGCGAAGAAUGUAAUGUACACCACUCCAGUAUUGCAUGGCUUUUGGAAGUGUGUAAAAUUUGAUAGAUUGUUUCCAUUACAGCUAAUUGCUAAAACACACUCUGUGCCUUGAAUAAUAAAUUCCUCCUGCAUCACUUCUGUUCACAUGCAGAAACACAACACAGUGCAACAGUACAGAGUAACUAGAGUUCACUUGUUAAGUAAGUUUCUAUGAAGUAAGUUUUUGGGAAUUUUAAAAAGGACUUGGGUCAAGGGUUCAGAACUAGUAGUAGAAGGCCAGAGUCCAGCAGUGUGUGGUGAUUUCCUUGCUUAGUGUUUAACUGGAGAGCUAAAUCAGAUGACUUCAAGCAGGAAAAUCAGACUGAGUUUAUUUGUGCAAAAUAUGGCAACAAAAUAGCUACUUUCACAGAAAGAGGCAAUCUGACACCGUAGAGCUUUUCCUGUAGUCUGUUGGCAAACACACGAGAGUAAAGAUGUCAUUCCAUGAAUCUCUUCAUUCGAGUGAUAAUAUCCUGCACAGAAUUUAAGAAGUUUGUUUUCCUGUUAGAAAUCAGCACAUGGAAGUUUGUAUACACGAGUGCAGAUUGCAACCUUCAAGGUCCUGAAGCUUGUGGCCAGAAAAGUGCACAAAAGAGAGCGCGUCUGAGGCUGAGAUGAAACUGUGCUGGACUCUGGCCCAUAGAUGAACUUAUUAUUUUUGCCUAACAUACAUUGUUAGGAAAAAAGCAUUCCUUAAAUGGUGAAAAGUUCUAGGUUUCUAAAGGGGUUCCAUGUGGAAGCAUUUUUCAAAGAAGUUGGUCUUUACAUAGAAUCUUUAAACUUUCCCACCUCCAGACGGACAAACCAAAGCGUGCAUUAGCAUAGUAAUGUUAACUAUCUGUUGGGUAAGUCUCCAACAUCACAAAGGUUGAGGAGAAUGAGAUGAAAAUGCACAAAGUUAAGUGGAGUCAUGUGAACUGGCUCUUUCACAACAAAAGAAUUCCUGAUUAGAUGGAAGAUGACAUUUGGGCAGACGGCACCUUAAGUGAAAGAUCAGGUGCAGAUUGGGUUUCACUGAGCAUAGAAUUGCUAAGUGCUUAUGUCCAUAUUAGUAAAUCCCAUCCAAAGAGAGAAGACAGCAACAUUCUUACACAUAGUUACAGAAGUGCUGCACUACUUAUCAAGUUCACUUGGAAUUCAGCAAGUCAGUGCAAAAAUGCAUGGGUUUGUGAUGAUCUUAAAUAUGAGCACAUGCACUCAGAGCAACGAAGUCUAGGUCAUUAUUGGAAGAUGGUUUGCAGACGGUAAUACUAAACCUAGACCAUCACGACCGGACCUAAAAAUACUAAAAGACUGAUUGCAGCUGGGCAAUUUAUGACCAUUAUUAAAAAUAUAUGUUUUCAGAAAAGAUGCUGAUAGACUUACAGUGAAUCAUCUGCUCAUUAAACUGCAUGGGACAUUCUAAAACACUUAAAUGUUUAAAAAAAAACAAAAACAAAAAACAAAGCUUAUCAUUGCUUAAUGUACCAAAACAAACAGCACUGAAUUUCUCUGACACUUUGCUAAUAAUUGCUGUCUACCAUGAAAAGCAUCCUUAAGUAAAAAAUAAAACACAACAGCAUGCUGAUAUAAGAAAAUAAUCAAUGAUUAGUCAUCUGCUACCACCGUGCAGUUGAUUAUUUUACAAUAUAAUAUACCACAGCUGUUUGUCAGGGCUAACAUUUUUUUAUUUAUUAAAGAAUGGCAAAUAGUACUUUUUAUCCAUUUAUAGUUACAUCUAAUAUUGUAGAGCAUUCAUGAAACAAGGUCUUGUUAUCACUUACGUUAUAGCAGCUAUAAACAGUCGUUCUCUCACCAACAUCUAUUUUUAGCUCUCUUAAAGAUAAUAAGACAAAAAAAAUGCAGCUUGUGAUGUUAUAGAGAACCUGAAAAGCCCUCCAUCCUGAAGACUCAGAACACCUUUACUUCUGGCUGUUACAAAGUGCUGACACUGUCUCCUCAUAAACUCUUGAUUUUUAAAAUCUGUUUUUUAUGUGGACAGCCUGCCAUCCGAGUCGCUUUGAAUGAGUUGUUUCUACAGACAUGAUAAGGUAUUAGAGCUGGCACAUUAAUAUAAACUUAUCAUUUGAAUUACAACCUGCACUGCUCUCAGAGCCGUUACAGAAGUAUCAGAAGGAUCAGAUUGGAACAUUUAACAGCGAUAUAAAGUACAGUGUUUCCCUGAUUGUGAAAAGGCAGCACAGAUAAGUGCAAACACACAACAGUCAUAUGCUCCAGGACAGGUUGAAUAGGUCAUUGCUGACUUAUGUGACUUACAACGCUCUAGAGGAAGGAGGGAUAUUAAGCCCAAUAUUCAAUCUGUAAUGACAACUCACAUGACCUCAUUACUUUAUUCUGCUAGCUAGUAUGCACACUGAUAGCACUAUAACUCAGCAAGGAAAUCUUAUGAACUGUGCUGUGCUUACUGCCAUGAGGAAAUGCAUUUCCAGCUGAAAAUAUGAAUACUUCUCUCAUGCAGCACGUGGCCCUUUGUGUUCAUUCCAGUGUUUCAUCAGUGCCAUCUUGUGGUUGUAUUUCACUCUGAUAGGAAGAAGCAUAGCUUGGUGAUGGGACUGGAACAAUCCUAAUUUAUUACAUACUUCCCUUUGCGUUGCCUAGCUACCACAGCUACUUACUAAUGACAGAAACUUUAUUUAUGCCAAGGCUUUGCAAUAAAAUUACUAUAAAAUGAAGCUACAUUUCUGUGUCAAGGUUCUGUAAGAAACUAUGAUCAGCUGACUCCAGAGCAAUGAAAAGUGGAUAUUAACUGACUGAUUGAUGAUUCUGAAUUAUUCAAUCUCUCGACUCAAUGCUUAAAUGGAACAAUGCUGUUUAUUCAUGUGAUUUUCUUUAGUGGCGCAGCACCUGCAAGUUAUUAAACCACUUUUCAAAUUAA